GUAUGUUCUUAUUUAGUUAUUUUCCGGAAUGCUGCCGCAGUUGUUGUUGUUAUUGUUAUGCUCAGGUGUAAUUUAGUAGGUGAGAGGUAUCUCCGAGUUUGACCGUGCUUGUUACGUGACGCUUCCGAAUUCCAUGCACUCAUCUCACAGCGCAGUAACGCCCCCAGAUCUAUUUGCGCAUUUGAUUGGCUGAGGCCGAACCCUCCCCAUGCAGGGCGGAUAAUGCUGCAGAAAGAACCACAUGUGCGGAUUCAUUCACACUCAGCAGUGAUCAUGUAGCCUGCAGUAUACACUGUAAUCUUAGUAAAUAAUACUCAUCAGUAUUGACUUCUUUAUCUUUCGGUUUCAAGAAAGCCGAGAGACUGUUUAUAUUCUUAUGCAUUGACUCAUCUUGAGUCAUUUAGAGUCUGAUUUGUAUAUAUUUAAUUGUCUUAUUUGAUUUGUAAUUUUAUUUUAUGUCUACUUCAAUUGCUGGACAAGAAAAAAUGGAUAUAAAGUCUCGUGUAGCCGGAGGUCGAAAUGUUUUGUGCUUGUUUGAUGUGGACGGAACGCUGACACCCCCGAGAGAGAAGAUUGACCCUGAGCUGGACGAUUUUUUCCAGGCCUUGAGAAAGAAGGUGAAGAUCGGCGUGGUGGGCGGUUCAGAUUAUUCCAAAAUCGCAGAACAGCUCGGAGAAGGAGGUGAAGUCAUACACAAGUUUGACUACGUCUUCGCAGAAAAUGGAACCGUACAAUACAAAGACGGCAAACUCAUCUCUAAACAGGCCAUUCAGAAUCAUCUGGGUGAGGAGUUACUGCAGGACCUCAUCAACUUCUGUCUCAGCUACAUGGGGCUCAUCAAACUACCCAAGAAACGAGGGACGUUCAUUGAGUUUCGUAACGGCAUGAUCAACAUCUCACCCAUCGGACGCAGCUGCACGCUAGAAGAGCGGAUCGAGUUCUCUGAAAUCGACAAGAGAGAGAAGAUACGAGAGAAGUUUGUGGCGGCUCUGCAGAAGGAGUUUGCUGGAAAAGGCCUGCGGUUCACCAGAGGGGGUUUGAUCAGUUUCGACAUCUUCCCAGAGGGCUGGGACAAACGCCUCUGUCUGGACGUCUUGGAGCAGGAAGGAUUGGACGCAAUCUACUUUUUCGGCAAUGAAACUUCAUUGGGUGGAAAUGACUACGAGAUCUUCGAAGACCCUCGUACCAUCGGCUUCACCGUCUGCUCCCCUGAAGACACGGUUCGGCUCUGCAGGGAGAUGUUCUUUAACGCUCCACCCAAUGAGGCGUGAAAGCGUCUGCAUGCACCUGCACAUACACCAGACUGCCUGUGUGCAGUGCUACUGCGCCCGCUGCUGGUCACUGUGGGUAAUGCAGUCUGCUGCACUGAGCCUGAGAACCAUCAGACAUGGAGACAGAACCAAACCACUGCUGAUCCGCAGACUAAAGGGACUGUAUGUAAAUAUCACUGACGGAGCCUCAUCAGUGUGUUCAUAGUUUUUUAAAUUUAAAUCGUUUCAAAUGUUAAUUUUAAAUCUAAUGAUACCCUCUUUUUUUAUAAAAAAGCUGUUUUCCUGUGGCCACGUUCACACUGCAACAUUUCCGGAGUGACAACUGUAUGUAAAA